GCGGCAGCCGGGUGCUGGGCGAGGCGGCGGGGGGGGGGGCUGAGCCCCACUGCCAUGGGGGUGCCCUGCGUGCUGCUGGCGGCCGCGCUGCUGCCGCUCCUGCCCCGUGAGUACCCCCGGGAGGGACGGGGGCAGCCCCGCGCUGGGAGAGCCGGCUGCCGCCCAGCCCGAGGGGGAAGGACGCGCAGGGGACGCGGUGCCGCUGACGCCCGUCCCCUCUCAGCCGGCAGGGCCGUCGGGCCGCUGCCCAGCCUGGCCCCGCCGCUCAGCAUGCUGGUGGCCGGGCAGCGUCGGCGGCUGGUGGUCUGUGUGGUGAGCGACCUGGCCCCCGGCUCCGGCCACGCUGUCUGGAUCUCCGUUGGGAACGGCAGCGUCCUGCAGUCCUUUACCUACGGGGUCUCUCAGGAGGAGGGCGGCACCGUCUGCACCGUCUCCCUCCUCCCCGAUGACCCCCUGGCGGAGGGGGAUCUCGCCUGCCACGUGGGGCCCAACAGGACGUCCCCGGCCCGCAGCUCCAGCCGCAGCCACAGCACGGGGAACGAGGAGGCAGCGGAGCUGUGUCCUGGCAGCAGGGAUGGAGUGUGCAAGUAUGUGGCCGUGGAGCUGAAAUCUGCUUUUGAGGAGACUGGCAGGACCAAGGAGGUGAUUGACACCAAGUAUGGCUUCCUGGAUGGGAAGGGCUCUGCGGUCAAGUACACACAGUCGGACAUCCGGUUAAUCGAGGUGACGGAGAACAUCUGCAAGCGGCUGUUGGAUUACAACCUGCACAAGGAGAGGAGCGGCAGCAACAGGUUUGCCAAGGGCAUGUCAGAGACGUUCGAGACCCUCCACAACUUGGUGCACAAGGGUGUCAAGGUGGUGAUGGACAUCCCCUACGAGCUGUGGAAUGAGACCUCCGCCGAGGUGGCUGACCUCAAGAAGCAGUGUGAUGUCCUGGUAGAAGAGUAUGAAGACGUGAUUGAAGACUGGUACAGGCACCACCAGACAGAGGAUCUCUCCCAGUUUCUCUGUGCCAACCACGUGCUUAAAGGGAAGGACACAAGCUGCCUGGCAGAGAAGUGGACCGGCAAGAAGGGUGACUUGGCAAGCGUGGGGACAAAGCAGAGCAAGAAGAGCGGGAAGAAGAAGAAGAAAGGCCGGAAGGAUGAGAACGAGGAACCUGCCAGCCUCCCGCCCGCAGGGGAGGCUCUGGAGGAGAGCGGGGUCCAGGAGGAGGCUCCGCUCACCCACAGUCCGGCCGAUGAGCUCUAGGGCACGGCCCCUGCUCGGGCGUCUCACCCCACCCUGCCCUGCGGGUACCAAAGGAAAAGGGACUUGCGUAGCGUUCGUGCCGGAGUGUCCGGCCCGGACUUGCCAGCCCGGGUGCGAUCCCGCGAACAGAGGGGCGGCACGGAGCCACCGCCCCAGCCCUGCUGCCUCCCUGCUGGGGCUCCGGAGGCCGCGGGCGCUGCCCCGGGCCGGCUCCUCCCCGGCUGCGCGCUCUGCCACGACUGUAAAUAAAGACGUUUUGCCCAGA